UGGUUGCCAGUCACCUGUUGCUUCUCUCUGGGACCACCAUCCAUCCAAGAUGUGGGCAAAGACAAUUACAGGAAAUUUUGCCAAUGUGAUUCACGGUUUGAAUGUGAACCAUUUGACAGACCAAGUCAUUCAGCGAAGCAAGCGGAUGAUUCUGGAUACCCUUGGAGUUGGACUUCUGGGUACCAGCACCGAGAUCUGCCACAAAGUGAUGCAGUACAGCAAAAUCUACAGCUCAGAUACAUCCAGCACUAUCUGGGGUCACUUGGAUUUCCGACUUCCUCCUCUAUAUGCAGCUUUUGUGAAUGGAGUGGCUGUGCACUCAAUGGAUUUUGAUGACACAUGGCAUCCAGCCACACACCCGUCCGGGGCUGUGCUGCCCUCCGUGAUUGCCCUCUCAGAGGCCUUUUCCCAGAAGAAAAAGAUCUCUGGGCUCGAUCUGCUCUUAGCUUUCAACGUGGGAAUUGAAGUGCAAGGCAGGUUGCUACGCUUUUCCAGCGAAGCCAGGAACAUCCCAAAAAGGUUUCACCCUCCAACUGUGGUUGGUACAAUGGGGAGUGCAGCAGCCUGUGCUAAACUGCUAGCUCUGGACCAGCUGAAAUGCAAAAACGCCUUGGCUGUAGCUGCCUCCUAUGCAGGUGCCCCACUGGCCAACGCCGCCACCCAAACGAAGCCCCUCCACGUGGGCAACGCGGCCAAACACGGGCUGGAGGCAGCUUGCUUGGCAUCCCUGGGUGUUCAAGGAAACAGGCAGAUCUUGGACAUGGAGUCAGGGAUGGGGGCCUUUUAUUCCGAUUACAACCCACAGAGCCUGCCGACCUUGCAGUCGUAUCCCUGGCUGUUGGACCAACAGGACGUUGCCAUCAAGCGCUUCCCCGCUCACCUUGGAACACACUGGGUGGCCGAUGCCGCCUCUUUGGUCAGGAGGAAGCUCGUGGGGCACGGGAACAACCUGCUCCCUCUUGACCAAAUUGAGAAGGUCGUCGUCAAGGUCCCAGAGGUCAGGUACGUGAACAGGCCCGCCCCUACCUCGGAGCACGAAGCUCGACACUCCUUCCAGUUCGUCGCUUGCUCUGCUUUGCUGGACGGCUGCAUGUCCGUCGAGUCCUUUGCCAGCGAGCACAUCCACAGAGCAGCCCUGCGGGAGCUCCUCCGCAAAACGCGCCUCGAGCACCCGGCCGACAACGAGCCCAGCUUCGAGGACCUCUACUGCGAGGUGAGCGUCACGCUCGAGGACGGCUGCGCCUUCAGCGGCCGCUGCGACACCUUCUACGGGCACUGGAGGAAACCUCUGAGGAAAGAGGACUUGGAGAAAAAAUUCCAGUCCAAUGCCUCCCAAGUCCUCUCUGCGGAAGCCGUGGAAGGCAUUAUAGAAACAGUAUAUAAUCUGGAAAAAGUGGAGGACUGCUCUGUAUUAAGCACAUUUUUAUCGGGGCAGUCAGCUAGAGCACUUUCAGAGAAACUGCACUUGCUUUGAACAAUAUUCCAUCACU